CACCUCCUUCACGAUCGGCGGCGGAGCCUCGCUCGCGUUCAUUCCCAUCAGUGGAGCUUCAUGGACGGACAGGAAUGGCUGGGUCACGGAGACUUGUUCAUUUUUUCACGGCUUUGUGCGUGUUUUUGUACUGCAGCGCUCCGGUGAACGGAGGAAAGCGAGGAAACUCGGAUAAAUGCAACUACAAGGGAACGCAGUUGUCCAGCGCCGACGAGAGCGGCCGCAAACUCGGAGUCGCGUUUCGAUACGACAACUGCUCUCUGAACUGGAAUCCGCUGGGGAAACAUGCCAUCCAUGAAGUGAACAACAUCACCUACACUCAUUUGUCUUGUGACAGCCAGGCGGCCGUGGUGGUCCACUGGAUGGCCAGCCCUCUCGGUAUUGAGCAUGUGAAAGGAUUCAGAGUGUAUCUGGAGGACAAGAAUCCCGAGGGAAAGCAGUGCCAGCACAUGAUCCUAAAGGAUCCGCGACAGCUUAACUUCUCUUACAAAACCGUUAGGAUGAGCUCCCAGCCCUUCGCUGGUCUCGCCUUUGAGACCGACUACAUGGUCAGAAUCGUACCGUUUCCCACGUUCCUGAACGACAGCUUCUUUCCGCCAUCUUUUCUGCGCACUAACAGUUGUGAAGUGCUUCUUGGCCCAGAUAACCUCGUCUGCAAACCAUUCUGGAAGCCCAAGACGCUGAAUGUUUCUCAGCUCGGAUCUAAUUUGCAUGUUGUGUUUGACCACGCCCCUUCCACAUUCGGCUUCACCAUCUACUACCUGUACUACAAGCUCAGACAGGAGGGGCCCUUCAGACUCAAACGCUGCAAACCUGAGCAAAAUGGCCCCAAAACUACAUGUGUUUUACAAGACGUCACUCCAGGAACUUAUGCAAUAGAGCUUCGCGAUGACAACAACACGACCAGAAAACAGACGCAGUACCACGUGAGCCAAGUGCAUUCUCCGUGGGCCGGACCGAUCCGCGCCAUGGCCAUCACCGUCCCGCUGGUUAUCAUGUCGGCCUUCGCCACUCUCUUCACCGUCAUGUGUCGCAAGAAGCAGCAAGAGAACAUCUACUCCCACCUGGACGAGGAGAGCUCAGAGUCUUCAUCUCAGACCACGGCGCUGAGCGCAGACAGACCCUGGCCCAGACCCAAGAUCUUCAUCUGUUACUCCAGUAGAGACUGUCCCAAACACCUCGCCGUCAUCCAGAGCUUCGCCUUCUUCCUGCAGGACUUCUGCGGCUGUGAGGUGGCGCUGGAUCUCUGGCAGCACCUGGAGAUCUGUAAGGAGGGUCAGAUGUCCUGGCUGAGCCGGCGUAUCGACGAGGCUCACUUCAUCAUUACCGUCUGCUCCAAAGGCCUGAAGUAUUUCGUGGAGAAAAGACACCGUAAGGGCAAAGCCACGUCGAAGGAGAACAACCGAGAACCGACCGCACCCGACUCCGCCGGAAGCAGGGACCUGUUCAUCGUUGCCACGGCGAUGAUCGCCGAAAAAAUCAAAGAGGUGCAUCAAAAAUCCUCGGACCUCUCGCGCUUCAUGUCGGUGUACUUCGACUACUCUCACGAGAGCGACGUACCGACUUCUCUCAACCUGGCGCCCAAAUACAAACUAAUGGACCAUCUUCCCCUGCUCUUCGCCAGACUCCACUCUCGCCAGCUCAGCCUGACCGACCGCGAGCCGCAGCCGCCGAACGUCAGCAAACGCAACUACUUCCGCAGCAAAUCGGGCCGCUCGCUGUACGUGGCCAUCUGUAACAUGCACCAGCACAUCGAGCAGGAGCCCGACUGGUUCGAGAAGCAGCUCAUGCCGCCGCCGCUCCCGAAUAAACUCCUCCCUCCUCCAGAGAAGCUCGACUCGGGGCUCGUCCUGAACGAGGUGAAGCUCAAACACCCCUCGGAGAGUGACUGUCCCGUGAGGAGCAACGUCCUGAUGCUGCCGCAGACGCCGAGGCUGGGGCUCUCGCUGAGUUUGUCGCAGGAGGAUCUCGGGGAGGGUUCGUCUCAUCAGGACACCGGGUCGUCUCGGCCCGACGGAUCGGCCAGUCCGGUGGAGAUGCCCAGAGACUCGGGGAUCUACGAUUCGUCCGUCCCGUCCUCAGAGCUCUCCAUCCCGCUGAUGGACGGACUCUCACCGGACCACGACAACUCGUCUCUGGCCGACAGCGUGUCCUCCUCCUUGGGACUGGGUGAUGAGGAGCCCCCUGCUUUCAGCUCUCUGCACUGUGCUGCUCCCACAAUAUGCAAAGCAGAACUUCAUCACAACAUCCAUCAGAGUGAAGGACUCAUAGCCGCUGCCUCCACCUAGUGGCCUUCAGCUGUACUUGCAUCGCCACUUUAAUUCCUCUACUUACCACUGACUUGGACAAGCUGCCAGCGAGUCUUCAAAAUCCCUCAUCAGGGAAAUUCUUUGACAGAUCGGAUCUUAAGGGAUUGAACACUGAGGUGUCUGCAGGCCUGUGUUUUGCCGAGGCGCUUUUUAACCAAAGUGGUUGUGUACUUAGUAUGCAGCCGAGUCUGUGGCGUUACAGCGGUGUGUGCUACUACAAACUCCACGUCAUUCAGACCUUCUUGCUUUAAAAGUGCCAUGAAGCUGUGGACAUGAGCGUGUUGUGCUGAAUGCCAGUCGUUUUAACAUGUAAUUUCACUUUUAUUUAUUGCAUUAACGUGCUUCAGUUGUGGGAUAACAUGAAAAGCAAACAGACGUGUGUAGAUCAGCACUUGAUGUUUUUCACAUUAGCCCGGGUUUCGUUUCGCUGAAGCGGUUUGGAGGUAACGCUCGAUUUUAGAAGCAUAUCAAGAGCUUUUUAAUGAUUUUAGGCCUUCAUUUGUUUUAAAUGGAUCUUAAAAAAAGUUGAAAAAUGUUGACAGCAGCAUAAACAGAUUAGAGUAGGUCUAAUGUUUGUUUAUGACAAAGGGAAGCUAAACAACUGAGAUAUGCCAUUUUGUUAACUUUAUGAGUUUUAUUUGUGUACUACAUGUUUAUCCAGGUUUUGUACAGUUUUUUUUUAGAAUAUUAGAAGUGAUUUCUACAUUAUAUAAACUUUGUACUGUUUUAUAGUACUCUAAUGUAGGGGA